AUGCGCGUUCUCGAGCACGCCAACCGCAGAGUUUCACGAGCGGGGCGGACUCCUGUGCACCAUUCCCGAGAGCAAGUUGCGUCUCAGCCGGGCUCACCCCGCGCACUCGAUCUCCUCGUGGAUGUUCCGGGGUUCACCCGUGCUCCCGAGGCUGAUCCUGCGGAAACUCAAUUUGUGAUCCUGACAGCAGGACGUUCACAGACGCCUCCAGUCAGUCAUAACACAGUGCCCUUACCUCUCUCCCUGCUGGACGUCGCGCAGUUUCAUCGAGAAAGGCACCGCGAGCGGCUGCCUUCUUUUGCCGCGUGGAGCAGCAAGGCGGCCCCCACGGCAUUGUUGGAAGGGAUACGGCAAGAUGCGACAAUGAAGAGCAGUCUCGAGCUCUACUGUGGCCCCGCAAGCAAAGAUUUGAUGAUUAUGGACAUUCCCGCCAAUGUGCCCGUCGACGCUUACCUUUGGGAAGGCCUGCUCGUUGCCGAGUCGGUGUUGGAGGCUGACGGUACACUCCUUGUCGUGUCGCCGCACGCACUCCCUGCCCGUGUACGGCGUUUUUUGCAUUGGCGCUUCCUUCGCACGCAUUGCGCCGUUAGCGAGGCCGGCGCAGUGCACUACGCUGUGUGCUCCACUGUGGCCGCCGACUUUGGGGACUCUGCGGUGCGGCGCGACGACUUCCCCGGACAACUUGCUGCUGGAAAGCGGCGGCCUCGAAAGUGGAAUCCCUAUCGCCGGCCGGAGAGGCAGAAAUUCGUGGCGUCGCUGCGGCCAUGGUUUACAAAUGCCCCAUUCAUUAAAGACGCCUUGCGGUGCAGUCUUGAGCGCGAGCGGGACGCCCAGGAGCGACUCCGCGACGCCGACGACGCCUUUUUUGCCGUUGCGCACGAGAUGGUGGAAAAAGGGAUGCACUACUCGCAUCCCAGCGACUAA